CCCGGCGUUUCAAUGUGACGUAAGUUCGUGCUGUGCCCCUCGCUCCAGCUAACCGGAGACAUAACUGCUUUCUGAAUUCUGUGAAAAUGGAAGACAGUGAAUCCCAGCUGCUCGCCGAUGAGGAGCAGACUCCGGAGCCUCUCCUCAGCUCUCUGGACAUCUUCCUCUUCUCUCUAAUCGUAGGACUUCUUAUCUACUGGUUCUUCUUCCGAAAAAAAACAGAGCCUGUUCCAGAGAUCAAGCCAUUCACUCCAGUAACACCACAAAUACGUGAGACCAGCUUUAUUGAGAAAAUGAAGAAAACGAACCGAAACAUUGUGGUGUUUUAUGGAUCCCAAACAGGGACUGCUGAGGAAUUUGCUAACAGGUUGGCAAAAGAUGCCCAACGCUACGGCAUGAAAGGCAUGGCCGCUGACCCAGAGGAGUAUGACCUGUCAGAGCUGUCUAGACUGAAAGAGAUUCCUAAUUCCAUGACUGUGUUCUGCAUGGCAACCUAUGGAGAAGGAGACCCCACAGACAACGCUCAGGAGUUCUACGAUUGGAUGCAAGGGACUGAUGAUGAUCUAGAGGGGGUCAAUUUUGCUGUGUUUGGUUUGGGAAAUAAAACAUAUGAGCACUUCAAUGCCACAGGCAAGUAUACAGACAAGAGGCUUGCUGAACUUGGGGGAAAAAGGGUCUUUGACCUGGGCCUCGGGGAUGACGACAUCAACUUGGAGGAGGAUUUUAUCUCUUGGAAGGAACAGUUUUGGCCUGCAGUAUGUGAGUUCUUUGGCGUGGAGGCCACGGGAGAAGACAGCAGCAUUCGGCAGUUUGAACUGGUGGUUCAUAAUGACAUCAAUAUGAAUCAAGUGUACAACUCACAAUUACGAGAAAAAACUCGCAAUUCUGAAAUAAAACCGUUUGAUUCAAAGAAUCCUUUCCUUGCAACUGUGACUGGUAAUCGUAAACUGAACAAAGGAGGAAAUCGGCACCUGAUGCACAUCGAGUUCGAUAUCACAGACUCUAAAAUCAGGUAUCAAAACUUGAACAUUUUUAUUCACCAUCUGAUUGGUCCUUUAAAGGCUUUGUAUCAGAGUUGGGUUUUGGAUUCUGAGAGGAACAUACUAGCUAUUCUAGAGGAUCUACCUUCCCUGAAUCCUCCUAUAGACCACCUGUGUGAGCUCCUUCCUCGACUUCAGGCUCGAUACUAUUCCAUUGCCUCUUCCAGCAAGGUCUAUCCAACCUCUAUCCACAUCUGUGCUGUGGUGAUAGAGUACACCACCAAGACAGAAAGAGUCUUCAAGGGUGUGGCCACCAACUGGCUUAAGAACAAAGAAGUGACCGAUAACGGCCAUAAGCUCACCAUUCCCAUGUAUGUUAGGAGAUCCCAAUUCCGCCUGCCGUUCAAACCCAGUAACCCUAUAAUCAUGAUCGGGCCUGGUACUGGCAUCGCCCCCUUCAUGGGCUUCAUCCGGGAGAGAGCAUGGCAGAAGAAACAAGGGAAGGAAGCUGGUGAGACGAUACUGUACUUUGGUUGUCGCCAUAAGAACGAGGACUUCCUGUAUCAGCAGGAACUGGAGGAGUUUGAGAGGGCAGGUGUGCUGACACAGCUUAACGUUGCCUUCUCCAGAGACCAGGAGCACAAGAUCUAUGUGCAACAUCUUCUGAAGAAAAACAAGGAGCAGUUGUGGAAGCUCAUUCAUUCAAAUAAUGCCCAUAUCUACGUUUGUGGAGAUGCACGUAAUAUGGCUCGGGACGUGCACACGGCCUUCUAUGAGAUUGCAGAGGAGGUGGGCAGCCUGACGCACACUCAAGCUGUGGACUAUUUCAAGAAGCUGAUGACCAAGGGCCGUUACUCGCAGGACGUUUGGAGCUAAGCUAAUUGAUAAACCAAUGUUUGCCACUUUACCUCAAGCCAUCAUUUCUCCAAAAGCUAGAGCUAAAACAUUGAAUUUGCCUGGACUGAUUGGUUAUAUAAUAGAGUUUUGAUGAAAGAUACUGCACUCCAACAUCAUACAAAAGCAUGGUUUAUCAUUCCUCCCUCAGAUGAGUUUAGGAUAUUCAACGUACUGCAACAGGAAACUGAUUUGACUGCAUUUGAACCCUAAGCAGCAUUGGAUGUUCAUGUAUACGCAAAUGUAGGUCAAGGAUGCAAAAUGCUUUUUUUUUUUUU